UUGUGUGGAUCAGGAAUUUCUCGGGAGCUAGUUGACAAGUAUUCGCAUAACAAUCGAAGGGAACGGCUAUUUAGAAGAGAAUCGAUUAUUUAAUUUCGUUGGUUAUUGGACUUCUACCGACCUAAAUUGAGACUAAAUAGGAAGUAUAAGUAUCGGUGGUUGAUAACAUUUAACUUUGGAUUUAUUCCUGAAGGGAUCUUACUGAAAAUCAACGUAGGAUGAGGUUGUGCCUUUGUGUGUGCUUGUUGGCGCUUCUUAGCCUCGACGAGGUAACAUCCAAAAGAGUAAAAAAUACAUUUUCACGGGAGCCAGAUGAAGACCAUCGGCCUGUAAAGGACAUAAUGGACAUUAUAAACACAGAUGAAGAAAAUGAAGAGGGAAGCGGAGUAAUUCCCAUUGAGGGCAGUGGUACACCACCAUCAGUCACUGGAUCAGGUGACCAAGAAAUACUUGUACUGGAUAUAAGAGUAACAGCACUCGAGGGCAUCACAGCAGUGUUCGACAACAAGCUCUUGGACAAUUCAACCCCAUUCUUUAAGGCAACAGCAGCUAAAGUUUGUAACGGGGUGUUGACAGUGGUGAGCAAUGAUAACGAUAUUGAGUGCAAAGUUAUUGAAUUUUACGAAGGCUCCAUCAUUGCAAAGACAGAACUCACAAUUCUCCCAAGCUCAGCUGCGACACCCAAAGAUUUGGAAUCACAGAUUAAGGCAGCGGCAAAGAAGGGUGCUGUUGGUGAGCUCACAGUAGAUCCUAAAUCAAUCGUAGUAAAGAGUCCAGAUUCAAAUGUUCAGAUGACAAGUACUCCAAUGGUAUCUAAAGAAAUUGAAGUAGUUAAAUUCACUCCGACAAUGAAAGUAAAGCCAAGCACUACAAAUGAGUUCUCAUUCGCAAGUGACGGAACACAGGAGACAACCAGAGACAUAGUCAAUGUUGAGACGACCCCCAUCCCUGAAGUGAAUUUCUUUGAUAGAUUAUUCAAAAGUCCUGUCAUGCUUGCCGGUAUGGUUGGUGCUGCAGUGCUUGUUCUGCUUACCAUGAUUUUGCUGGGUAUGUUCAUCGUAUACCGCGUAAAAAAGAAGGAUGAGGGCAGUUACUCACUCGAUGAGCCUGGCAAAAUGAAGGAUCCACAAGCCUACUGGAAAGACACUAAGGAAUUCUAUGCAUAAUUUCUAUAUCCUGUAUGCCUUCAUUGUUGCCAAAAUAAGACUCCGCCAAUAUAAACCCAACACAAAGGAACUCUUGUUGAUCAAAUCCCAUUUGAAGAUAUACUGUACAUACUACAAGCUACUAGCAUUGUCUUCCAGGGCUGGAAAAAUUAAUUAUAUUCAAUCCUGGAGACAACCUUGGCAUUCUGUAUCCCAAUUAAUUUAAGCUCUCGCUAUUAUUUGUGAAAAAUUGAAUAAUCCAUUAUAUGCAAAUAUAACUUUUCUUAGUUGAAUAUUUAUAUAGUAAAUUUCAUUUAUGAAUUAACAAUACUUUACAACAUUCUAUUUGUGACUGAUCUUGCAAACCAAUCAGUUUUUUUAAAGAUAUACUGCAACAAAACAUAAUUGAUAAUUAGUAAUAAUGAUCUUUGACUUUGGCUAAACCCUUAUAAAACUUUUAGAUACCAAACAAUUAUUACAUUUCUUUACUUAAAAAUAAUUGCAAUGCAGGUUGAAAAAGUAAAAUGGUAUUCUUGACACAGUCAUAUAAAACAUUGGAGCAUACUAUAUAAAACAUAUUUUUGUUGGUACUGUAUUGUAUUGUAUUUUAAUUUUUUUUUUCCUAUGUAAGAUAUUAAUUAAUAACUAAGAUGAUUAAUGUGAUUUCCUUUUCUAUACAAUUUAUAAGAAGUAGAAUUUGAAAAUGUUUUAAAUAAUGGAUACAUUUUCUAGAAGCCAUAUUAUAAGAUAGGUGUAUUGUAGAUUAAGUGAACAAAUAAACAACAGCAUGUGUUUAAAAUCUAAAGACCACUUUAUGAUCCAAGAUCUUGAAUCUUAACAACUGUGUUGGCUAUAAGGAUUAUAUUCCAGUUUCUAACUCUAACUAUGUGGUGCUUUUAUGAAUUGAAACUAACAGCACCAGUUCUCAGUGAAAGUGUUCUAGUAUUAGUUUUCUCACCAAUUGCUGGCAAUGUAUGUGGUAAUUUUACCAGUUCUUCACUAUUCAGAUUCUUGCUCACCCUGUUGGAGAAAUAGACCAAUCCAAUCCAAAAUCAAUGAUUUUGGACAUGUGAAUGCCUCAUGUAAAAACAGUGGUCUUUAGAUAGAAGACACAUAAGAACUAAGUAAUUACAGUGUGAAAUGUACCGCUUGGAUGAUGAUUCAAUGUCUUUUUUCUGUGUUGAUCAUUAUGAAAUUAUCGGUGCAUAAGAUUUUUAAAUGUGGGCUGCUCUGUAAAUAACGCAAAGUAUCUUACACUAGUUUACAUUUUAACUAACAUAUCCCCGAAAAAAAAAGAGUAAAUUUAUGGAAAACAGUAGUUUAAAUCGUUUAAACAUGAAUGCAAUGGGAAAUUGUUGCGUUACGUUUUGAAACACAUCAGCAAAAUUGUUCAAUAGCCUGGUGGUAACAGUCGAGGUAUUGUAAAGUGGAACGUUGUUGAUAGAAUAUUGGUUUCUGAACUACUAUGAUUUUUACAUAUUGCGCAUUCAUUUCUAGGAGAAUUAAGGAAACAUUGGACAUAAACUUUAUGAAACAAUCGGAAAACACAGCAUUAACAAUGGGUCAUUGAAAGUUGUUGAACCGGAAAAACUUGUUUUGAAAUUUCAUGCAAACCAAUUCUAAGCAAACAACUUAAUGGUUACACUUUCACUCAGUUUUUGAAGAAUUUUCUCAGUAAUUACAGAAAAAAGACGUUUAUUUUUGGUUUUCAAAGUAAUAUUUCGUUGCUUGUAAAAUAGCUUGUAUCAUUUAAUUUCAUAAUGAAAAUCUUGUUGGAAUCCUCAAGUAAAGUUUAAACCCAAGUUGGCCAAUUACAAGUUAAAUGUAAUAUGUUAAUUAACUUGCUCCUAUUAAAUGUUUGUCUGCCUUCACUUGGAAUUGAUUUAAAUCAUGUCAUUUUACAUAAUAUUUUACUUUAGUUUCCAUAUAUGGAUAGUAUUGCCGUUAUCAUUCUUUCAUUUUAUUGUCAAAAACUAUUCUAGUAUUCUAGAUAAGAAAACAAAUUUAAAGUUGUUAAGUUAUUGAAAAUCAUAUUUUUGUAUAUUUUAAACAUGCAAAUUGUACAAAAGCAAUUACUAACGUUAAAAAAAAACUGAUUAAAUAUUGGAGAAAUAUGAUUUCAUUAUCAUGGGUUUUAAGUAUAACAUCACUGUUCUGCACAUUUAUUUUUGAUCAUGCAUUCUGGAAAUAGAUUUGGAAGAUAUGAAAAAAUAUGAUUUGAUGUAACAUGUGGUGGAGUUUGUGAAAUGGUCUAGUUGUCCUUCCACCACUUUUAUUAUACACUCUCCAGUUAAAGUUGUAUCAUAGUAUAGUUCUAUGAUUUAUGAUUAUUUUGUUAAAUAAUUUAAAUAUUUUCUAACCUCUCUCACCCAGUCUUCAAUUAAUCAAUUAUUCUCUCGAAAUUUGUUAACAACAUCAGUGCCUUUGUUACGUUUGUAGUUACUGCACGCCUUGACAUUUCGUGUUGAAUAAAAUCUCCAAUAUUACCAAAAAAAAAAAA